AUGAAUAUCGCUUCUAAAUGCCGCCAUCCUCACUUACUACAGUUCAUCGGCGCCACGAAAGAUGAGGGAACUCCUCUGUUUGUGACUGAGCUGAUGGAGAAAAGUCUUCGCACUUUGUUGGAGCAGCGGCAACUCUCCGAGACAGAAAUAGCCGUCAUUUCUCUGGAUGUAGCACGUGCCCUGAACUACCUUCAUCGAAAGAAACCAGAGCCUAUCAUUCACCGUGACGUCAGCAGUGCGAAUGUGUUGCUAUGGCGACAGGGUGACCAAUGGAGAGGCAAAGUGUCAGAUUAUGGCACUGCUAAUUUCAUGCAGCAGACCAUGACAGUGGCUCCUGGAGCUAUGAUUUACAGCGCACCUGAAGCACUUACAUCAAACCAAACAGUCAAGGUAAGUUUAGUCACUGUUCAAGGCUGUUCACGGCUGUUAACAUUAACAUAAGAAUUAAGUGACCCUUACCCAUGCAUCGUAUCAUGCAUCGUGGCCUUUUAAUGGUACAGUGUUAUGUUUUGUUAUUGUUUUUAUACUUUCAAGCGGAGUAGAAAAACUGUGCCUGUUUAGCCUCUUGAGUUAUGCAACGGACUAUUUUAUUGCAAAGUGUCUUGUUGAAUUUCUCGUUUUAUAAGAUACAUGUAUAUUUGUUCAAAAUUAGUCAAAUAUCUGCCAUUUUUGGCGGUGAUUUUGCGACAACGCGCAUAUUUAGCUCAUUGUUUAAAAUUAACCAAAUCCAUCGGUGUGCACCGAAAUCUGGUCUUAAUUGUGCUCUUUAACGGGGAAAUUUCAAUCAUCCCUUCUAUGAGCUCCCUCGGGCUCUGACCGCAUUUUCGCGCGCUCGAAUUCUCCCCCCUCCCUACCCUUGUAUGUUAUCAGUCAACCUCGUUUAGACCAUCUCAUUAGUGAAUUGGUUCUGGUGCAGCUUUAAGACGUUUAGUCAAUACAACAUGUAGAUUUAUAUAAAUAACGAGACGGCUAAAAGUUGUCCCCGUAAGAAUGCAUUGAGGUAUACAGGCAGAAAACACCUUUUGAUAAAGGUUGGAAAAAUGUUAUUUUAAAAGGGUUUUUUCUCUCUGCCUACGGUCCUCGUAUAAUCGCUAUUUUUGCUCUAAAUUCUGCUUAUAGAUUCUCAUAUUAAAGAGCUUUUGUACCUCUAAAUGGAACUCAGUGUUUAUUGGCAACUGUAAUUUUCCGGUUUGGGUCUCAGCGGACUCAGUUCAGCUGGGGUGAACAAGUGCCCCGAAUAAUGUCCCUGCAAUCAAAAUCUAGCCUGGUUCGCAGACGUAAUGUAACCAAACCCCGGUAAGUAACGUCUGCGAAACAGCGCCCAAAUUCUCAUUUGUUCUAGGCCUCCACCUAUACAUGUACCAGGAUUUUAGUACGCGCCAUUGCCAUAUUUACCAAUCAUUUUGUAAGGAAAUUCGAAACACCUGGAAUAUCUGACCUGGAAUAUCCAAAUUAAUGAAAUUCUUUAGAAGGCCUCUAAGAGAUUAUAUUUUUUGGUACAACUUAAGAGAGCUAAGGAUACUCGCACUGAUUUAGGGCUCUUCUACUCUAGUUGUAUUAGAUCAGUUAUGGACUAUGCAAUACUGGCCUUUCACUUCAGUUUGCCUAAAUAUUUAAUUCAAAAAUUGGAACGUGAUAUACAGAAGAGAGCAAUGUCCAUCAUCUGCCUCGGUGUUAUUUAUCAUGAGGCUCUUGUUAUUAUGAACUUUAAGGAUUGAAUUAGGAACCCACCAUGACGAAAUAUGUGAGUCACUUUUUCACACAAUUGUAAAUGACAACAAUCACCGCCUUUAUAAGUUAUUACCUGCACUGCACGAAUCUACUAAUUCAAUAGGCUGAUUUAACAACAGAACGAGAACUUCAUUUGACGACGGGUAAGCGCGCAGAAAGGUGUAAACUCGACUACCGGUACCCAAUUUGCCGCUCUGCCAUUGGUCAAUCCAGUUGUUUGAUUUGCGCGCGCAGUAGUCAACAGACGUUCCCGUUCUGAUGCUAAAUCAGCCUAUUAAGGCGCGCGCGACGUUUUAACAUGCCACGUUUUAAAACCGACCGUUUUAAGAAUAGCUUUAUUAUCUUUUCAUGUCUUAAAGCAACUAACUUGUAGGUUAGAGUUUUCGAAUUUCUCAGCUUGUAUUUCGAUAACUUUUUUUAGCAUCUCAUCUCUUGUUAGCAUUUUUAUUCCUUUCAACUAAGAUAGAUUAGUUAAUGUUUAGAUCUAUAAUGUAACUUUUGUAACGUAAAUAAGUAAUUCAGCUUUCGAACUGCUAUGUACAUUUAUGAAUUAAUAAACUUCAAACUUCAAACUUCAAACUUCAAACUUCAAACUUCACACUUCCAGUAAUUCGUUGAGUCCAGAGGGGUCCAGAACAAAACUGAAUAAGGCCUAUCGGUGCUGCUUCGCAGACAUUAAUAACCGGGGUUAGAUUACGUCUGGGACGCAUGCAAUAAAAACCAAACCUCGUAGGAUGUUUACCAACCGCGGAAGGAUUAGUUCAGUCGGUAGAGCGCUUGACUGCAGAGCGUAAGGUCGCGAGUUCGAUUCCCGGGGUCGGACUAAUACUCAGGGUCUUAAAAUAACUGAGAAUAGGGUCCCGAAUAAGUGCUUUCGUGCUAAAUACCUUGACACUCAAAUGAAUUGCACUUUUUUAAACAAUAUUGACUUCCUCAAAUUAUGUUUUAUCGUUGUUAGGUUGAUGUCUACAGCUUUGGUGCUCUUCUUUACGAAAUGUGCAUCCGACAACUUCCAGAUCCUCAGAGGCGUAACGAACAAGUGGUGCUUGUAACGAACAGUGUGUUUCGUGGUCUGGUGCGGCAAUGCAUGCAAAGAGAGCCUGGGGCGAGACCAGCCAUGCAGGAGAUAAUCGAUGAAUUGAAGGAAUUCGAUCCAAUUUCUUAA